UUUCCUGGUUCUGGUUUCUUAUUCACAAAUAAGAAAUGUACAACAGUUCCUUGGAUUAACGUUCAUUUAGUUUUAACAUUUUUCUGCAGUGGCCUUCCUCUAAAUAGUUCUUUUAAUGUAAAGUUUUGAGAAUUUUAUAACGAUUUUAAAAAAUUUGCAAAGGGAUAGAAUAGACCUUGUACAACAAAUUCACAGUGGAUAAGAGAAAUGGUGUCAGGAUGCCUUCGGUAGUACCAGCUCCAGAAUGGGGUUUCAGAGAUGUAUGGCAAAGCAAUUUAGAAGAAGAAUUUCGACAUAUUCGCCAGGUUGUUCAACAAUAUCGAUAUGUCGCUAUGGAUACAGAAUUUCCUGGGGUAGUUGCCCGUCCAAUCGGAGAUUUUCGAAGUACAGCUGACUACCAGUACCAACUUUUACGCUGCAAUGUUGACCUGCUCAAAAUCAUCCAAGUCGGGAUUACAUUUUUAGAUGAUUUUGGACAGACAGCUACUCCUAUUUCCACAUGGCAAUUCAAUUUCAAAUUUAAUCUUACAGAAGAUAUGUAUGCUCAAGAGUCUAUAGAUCUUCUAACAAAAUCUGGUAUACAGUUUAAAAAGCACGAAGAAGAAGGAAUCCAUGUAGAUAAUUUUGCUGAAUUGCUCAUGACCUCUGGAGUUGUUCUGGCAGAUCAAGUGAAGUGGCUAUCGUUUCAUAGUGGCUUUGAUUUUGGUUACAUGUUAAAAAUUCUGACUAAUAGCAAUCUACCAGCUGAAGAAGUGGACUUUUUUGAGCUGCUGUCUAUUUACUUUCCAAAUAUUUACGAUGUUAAAUAUUUAAUGAAGAGCUGCAAAAAUCUAAAAGGUGGCUUACAAGAAGUUGCUGAACAACUAGAAAUUUGUAGAAUUGGACCACAGCACCAAGCUGGUAGUGACAGUCUAUUGACAGGAGCAGCAUUUUUCAAGAUGAGGGAGAUGUUCUUUGAAGACAAUAUUGAUGAUGCGAAAUACUUGGGUCAUUUGUUUGGUUUGGGAACUCCAUUUAUUCAAAAUGGCUCUAGUUAUGAGAACAGUCAUGUGUAUGUGGCCCAGAAUUCAACUAUUCACAGUUCCAACAAUGGAGAAGAUUCUGGUACAAAUCCUACAAAUUCAUCAUAACUACCAAUGAAAAAAAAAAAUUGGCAUAAACAUUAAGUGGAAACGAUCAUUUUUUUUUUUUUUUUUUUUUUUUUUUUUUUUUUUUUUUUUUGUGCAGAAUUUUGUAAUCAUCUCAAUAUUCCUCUUCAUUAGGUUCUCCCACUUGAUCCAUACAUCUAAACAUAUGUAAAUUUAUCAACUGAAGUGUUGUAAGACUUUAAUUGAAAAAUGCUGUUUUCUCCUAUUCUAAACACAUAAAAUAUCUCACCAAAAACAUAGUCACCAUUGCUGUUAGCAGCCGUUGUAAUUUGGUAGGGGACUGCAUUUGUGAAUUCUUCUGGGAAGUGCAAGUACAUUACAUCAGAUAUGGUUUCCUGUUUUUUUUUCCCCCUCACUCAACUCUUAAAGAGUUAGCUAGGUAAAAAGCCUAAGCAAAAGAAUGCAGAAAACGUUUUUUUUUUUCUAUGCUUCAAUGAUUUCUCUUUGUUUUCAAAUUAUUCAGUUACUGAAAAUUAAUCCUUACCAGCCUAUCUUCAAAGAAUUUACUGAUUUAACAUGGAAGUUUAUUCCUUUAGAAAAUAUGUCCAAUAUCUUAAGGCAUCUGUAUUGAGGUUAAAUGUCAAGAUUAAUUUCUUGUAUAAUGAAAUUUACCAAAUUAUGAAUUGAUUUCCCUCCUACAGUAAUAGUACCUAUGAUCACUCGUAUGUAUACCUGUAUGUUUCUCUUGCAUUGUUCAUUUUCUUUUUGCCAUAUGUUCUUUUUUAAAAGUACAUAUGUCCCAAAACAGUAUCCCAAAGAUUUUUUUUUCCUUUGGAAUAUACAAAAAUUAAGUUUAUGCAGGACUUUUAUAAUGCGUGUUAGGUAAGGAUGUCUGCAAAGUUUAUACUCGUAUUUUUGAGUCUGUUACCUAUUAAUCAUUUACUAAAGAACAUUGUCAGCGAUCUUUGCCUUUUAAUGCUUGUUUUUGUUUCUACCAUAACGUUUACAAAGGCUGCUAAUAGCACAUUGCAACACUCGUAUAUCAAGUGUUGAUCAUGCGAUUAAAUAACUUAGCCACUUUAAAAGUAGGGCACUUAUGAAGGAGAGAAUAAUUCUAGAACAUUAUAAUGCAGAUCUUAUCUAGAAUGUUUACCCACAAGCACAUAUACAAAAACAAAGUAAGCAGUAACUGAUUAAAUAGCUGAACAAAUUAUUAUACAACAGCAUAUGUGCACAGGUGAUUGGUUAGUUGUAGAAAAUAUGUCCAGUUUGAAAGACUUCUCCCCCACCCCUCAAAAAAACAAACAUAUUUGAACUUACAGAAACACUGCUUUAAAAAUUAAAAUACAAUGGUCUUAUAAUAGAUAGCUAAAUACAUUAGCAAAAUGUUUUUCAUUACCUUAAUUUCUGUGUUUCUUUAUUCAAAUAGUUCUAGUAUCAUGUUACCGUUAUAUAAUUCUUUUCACCUAUUUACUACAAUUGAACAUGGCACAUUUCAUAAAAAAACAAACUUUAACUGCAUAAAGACAUUUUACUUCUUCCAUAACUAUAAAAAUAAAUCAGUAUUUUACUUUGAUAUGAAGGCAUUUGGAUAAAAUAUUUGUAAAUAAAAUUUAACUGGCCUUAUUA